AUGGACUCAGAGUAUGAGCAAGGCCACGUCCGUAAACUGCAGGCACAACACAUGCGGAUGCAGGAGAAAACCUUCACCAAAUGGGUCAAUAACGUCUUUCACCAUGGCAAGGCCGGCAUCAAGAUCCAGAAUGUGUACCUUGAGCUAGGAGAUGGUACCCACCUACUGAAGCUGCUUGAACUCAUCUCUGGGGAGGUCCUACCCCCACCCAACCGAGGACGAAUGCGAGUACAUUUCCUGGAAAACAACAGUCGGGCUCUAGCCUUCGUGAGGUCCAAGGUGUCAGUGCCCCUAAUUGGUCCAGAGAACAUCGUUGAUGGAGACCAGGCACUCAUCCUUGGACUUAUCUGGGUCAUCAUCCUGCGUUUCCAGAUCUCUCACAUUUCCCUGGACAAGGAGGAGUUUGGGGCCAGUGCAGCUCAGCUGUCUGCUAAGGAGGCAUUGCUGGUCUGGUGCCAGCGGAAGACAGCUGGCUAUCCCAACGUGAACAUCACCGACUUCUCUCAAAGCUGGAGCGACGGGCUAGGCUUUAAUGCCCUCAUCCAUGCCCACAGGCCAGACCUGGUCAGGUACAGCUCUCUGCAGCCCAGCCAGCCCCUCUACAACCUGGAGAAUGCUUUUGAAGUGGCCCACAGAGAUCUGGGCAUCUCCAGGCUGCUGGAUCCUGAGGACGUUGCUGUCCCAAGGCCGGAGGAGCGCUCCAUCAUGACCUACGUCUCUCUCUACUAUCACUGUUUCUCCCACCUACAUCAGGGACAGACCAUCCAGAAGAGACUGGCCAAGAUCCUGCAGCAGCUCCAGGACACGGCCGCCUUACAAGCCCGGUACGAGCAGCUGGUGUCGGAGCUGCUGGCUUGGAUCGCCGAGCAGGAGGCCCGGCUGGAGGAGCGACACUUCCCGGACACCCUUCCGGCCACGCGGAGGUUGCUGGCCGCCUUCGCCGCCUUCCGCAAGGACGAGAAGCCCCGUGGGCUGGAGCAGCGAGGGAAGGCUGAGGCGCUGCUGUUCCACCUGAACGCUGCCCUCCAGGCCCAAAACCGGCGGCCUUUCCUGCCCCCUGAGGGCCUGGGCCCCGGGGAGCUGGCCAGGCGCUGGGCAGCGCUGGAGAAGGCCGAGGCCUGUCGGGAGAAAGCCCUACAGCAACAGCUGCUUAGGCUGGAGAGGCUGGAGACGCUGGCCCGACGCUUCCUGCGCAAGGCGGCCCUCCGGGAGAGCUUCCUGGUGGACACGGAGCAGGUUCUGAAGCAGCUGGGUGCCCCGGUGCCCAGCUCCGCCCUGCUGGGCGCCGCCGUCCAGAAGCUGGGGACCCUGGAGGCCGAGGUGCUCCCCCAGGAGGGCCGGUUCCAGGCCUUGGCUGAGAUCGCCUCCUUCCUGGAGCAGGAGCGAUACCACGGCUGGACAGAGGUGGCCCGAAGGCAGACGGAGAUCUCUCAGCGCUGGGAACGGCUCUUAGGAGGACUUCAAGAAAGGAAGGAACAUUUGGCAAGUUCUCAGGUGGCACUGGGGCUGCUUCAAGAAGUGGACGCUGCUACUGAAGAGCUGAAGGAAGUACAGGUGCUGGCCAGCUCCCCGGCCUGUGGGCAGUCUCUGGCCGAGGUAGUGGAGCUGCUGCAGAAACACGAGCUGCUGGAAGCCCGUGUUUCUUCCCAGAGUGCCCUUGUGAGCCACCUUGUCCAAAGGACCGCACAGCUGAGCACCGUCACAGGCACCCCUCUGGAUGGGCUGCAGAUCCGAACCUGGGGCUUGUCGCAGGUCUACCAGAGCCUGAUUUUACUCAUUAGGGCCCGGAGGGCCCUCCUGGACCAGGCCCUACAGCAGGCUCAGUUCCUAAAUGGCUGUGAAGAAGAAGAAUCUUGGCUCAGAGAGAAGAGACAACUCUCUCAGGUGGCUACCUUAGGCCGGGACCUGGGCCAGAUCACAGCAGCUCUCUGGAAAUAUAAGGCCCUGGAGACUGAAAUCCACUCCCAUCAAGCAGUGUGCAUGGAAAUCACUAGGAAGGCAAGAGAGCUGAACCCCCAGUGGCACCCAGGCCAGCCAGACCCACAGGAGCGGGCAGAGGCUAUCCACAGCCAGUGGCAGCACCUCCGGGACACCAUGGCAAAGCUCCUGGCCCGUCUCCAGGCUGCCCUGUUCAUCAAGCAGUAUUUUGCAGAUGUGAGUGAGGUGCAGUCUUGGCUGCAGGAGCAGCAGUCCUUGUUGGCCAAUGAGGACUAUGGAAAGGAUGAGGCCGGUGUGUCCGUCCUGCUCCAGCGUCACCAGAGACUAGAGCGAGAAAUGUGGGCCUGUGGGCUGGAACUGAGGAGGCUAGAGGAGCAAGCCCAGACUGCUGCCACUCAAGCCCCACUUCUGGUAAUAAAUUUGGCAUUAAGCCCUUUAUGCGAAAGAUCAAGGAACCAGGGAACCAGGCAGAGAUCCUCAUGGCGAUCUGUCCGCUGGGAUACUCAGGAGAUCACCAGCCCGCUGGAGCCAGAUCUGCAUUUUGACCCUGAAACAAUCCACAAGACCCAAGGCCAACUGAACCAGGAAUAUCAGGGUCUACAGGCCCUGGCACAGCAUCGCAGGAGACGGCUAGAAGAAAUGUCCACCCUAUUCUGCUUCUAUGACUCCUGUGGAGAACUCCAGUCCUGGCUAGAGGACCAGACAGUGUUGUUCCAGACUCUGAAGCCCCAGCCUGAGAAUGUGGAGGCUGACAAGCAUAAAUUUGAGAAUUUCCUCAUUGCUCUGGCUGUGGGGAAAGGCCACUUGGCAGAGAUCAGCACUUCAGCAGAAAAAUUGAGGCAGAAAAAUCCUGAUCACGCAGCCAGGAUCCAGCAGUGGCAACAGGAACUCAGCCAGAGAUGGGAGCAGCUGGAGGCCCUGAAGGAGGAGAAGGGAUCCCAUCUGGCAAGCAUGGCGGACGUGCACAGCUUCCUGCAGGAGUGUGGACCCACCCAGACCCAGCUUCAGGAUAUGGUGGUGAAGCUAGAGUCUAUGAUGCCAGCGGCCUCAGUGGGCAGCAGUCACCAUUCCCUGCAGUCAACCCUGCAUGAGAUCUUGGUGCUGGAGCGCAAAAUCUGCUAUCUCAUCAGUGUGGUGACCAAGAUUGAAGAGACAAGCCCUACCGAGAGCCCAGUAUUGAGGGAACGAGUGGAGACCCUGCAGGCCCUGCUGAAGCAAGUGCAGGCACAGGCUGCCCAGAGGACUCAGGCCCAGACUCAGGCCCAGGCAGGGCACAGCUUCCUGAGGGAGAGUCGGCAGCUGCUGCUUUGGGCAGAGGGCAUUCAGUCUCAGCUAGAUAGCAAAGAGAUGGGUGUGGACGUGGCCUCAGCCAAGCAACUGCUAGAGAAGCACCGAGACCUGUGGGAAGAGAUCCGCACCCAGCAGGAAAGGAUGAGACAGCUGGAGGCUCGAGGCCAGCAGCUAACCAGCUUGGAACCCCAGGACUCCCAGGCAGUAGCUGCUGCUCUGAAGCAGCUAAGACAGCAGGCCCACAGAGUGGACGCUGCAUGGGAGCAGGGCCAGCAGCGGCUGCAGCAAGGGGUGGAACUACAGAUGUUUGUCCGGGAAGCAAACCGCUUCGAUGCAACCUGUACCAACCAUGAAGCUUUCCUUCGACUGGACAGUCUCGGGGAGGACGUCAGUGAUGUGCAGAAUUUAUUACAACGACACCAGGAAUUUAACCAGCUCCUAAAGACCUUGGGUCCACGUGCAGAGAGCCUGAGGUCCCAUGGGAAGAGGCUGACAGAGAAUUGCCACUUUGCUACCCACAUGAUCAGAGAAAGGAUAGCAAGUAUCCAGGAUCAAUGGACCAAACUCCAGGAGAUGAAUGAGCAAAGAAAGAGGCAGCUACUGGCUUCCCUCCAGUUACAGAAAUGGAACCGAGAUGUGGCAGAAAUGAUGUUGUGGAUGGAGGAGAAAUGUUUGAUGGCUGCAGACGAGUCAUCCCGAGAGCCUGGCAUCAUUCUCCGCAAGCUCAAAAGGCAUGAGGCUGCCGAGAGCGAGGUCCUGGCAAACCGUCAGAUGGUGGAGCAGCUCCAGCAGCUUGGAAACAAGCUUCUAGACACCAAGCAUGAUGCCGGGGAUGACAUGAGAGCAAAGCUGCGGGACUUGGACCAAACGUGGAAGGAGCUGAAUCACAAAAUGGCAGCACAAGGAGAUAAGUUACGGCAGGCAGGACAACAGGCGCAGCUCAUGGAGCUGCUGCAGGAGGCCAAAGAUAAAAUGGAGCAGAUGGAACGAGGGCUACAGAGUGCAGAGACGGGUCAAGACCUCCACUCCAGCCGGGAGUUACAAAUAAAACAGAAGCAACUGGAAAGCGAGAGCCAACAGUUGGCGGAGAAGAUGAGCACCAUUGUUACCCAUGCCCAAAGGGUUGCCGCCAAUCACUUUGACUCCCAGACCAUCCUGGAUGAGACACAAAAAUAUCUCCAAAGGUUUCAGGCUCUUCAGGGGCCAUUGGCAGCACGUCGGCAGCAACUGAGAGCAUCGGUGGAACUUUACCAAUUCUACCACUUGCAAGGCCUGGAGAUCACGUGGGUGAAGGAGCGCCUGCCUAGUGCCAGCUCCAAGGUCUGCGGCCAAUCCCUGGAUGCAGCCCAGAGGCUUCUGUACAAGCACAAGGAGCUUCAGGCAGAAGUGAAAGCUCACCAGGCCCAAAUGCAGAAGGUGCUAGCAUCUGGGCAAAGCAUGGCAGCCUGUGGGCACCCUUCUGCACAGGACAUCACAGAACGGUGCCAGGAUCUGGAGAGCUGCUGGCUAGAGCUGGGUGAAGCCUGCCGGGGGCGAGCCAGGCAGCUGCAGUACUCUGUUGCCUUGUAUCAGUAUUUGCUCGAUGUAUCAGACUUGGAAGGCUGGUUGGGAGAGAAGCGGCUGUUAGUGAGCAGCCAAGACUACGGCAAGGACCAGUUGGCCACCAUCAGCCUCAUCAAGAAGCACACGGUCCUAGAACAAGAGCUGGCCCUCUAUGGGAGCUUUGUAGCAGAGCUCGUCCAGACUGCACAAACCCUCACCAGUCCUGGGGUCCCUGAGGAGCUCCCCGUACCCCCAGGUCGACUCCAAAACCAGCUCCAGGAGCUGCAAGAACUGGCGACCACAAGAGGCCGUCGGCUGGAGGAGGCGCUGAGGCUGCACGAGUUCAUCCAAGAGGCUGAGGAGCUCCAGGGCUGGCUGGCCAGGCAGAAGCAGGUGGUCAGCAGGGAGGAGGACCCUGGAGAAGACUACACUCAUGUGCUGCACCUCCGGGCCAAGUAUGAGCUGUUUCAGCACCAGGUGGAGACAGGUGGAAGGCGGGUGGCAAACUGCCAACAGCUAGCAGAGACCCUGCUGGAGGGUCAGCACAGCGCCACCCAGGAGAUCCGCCAGAGGCAUCAGGAACUACGGAGCACCUGGGCAGAGCUGUGGGGGCUGACCCAAGCCCGGGGCCAAUCGCUCAGAGAUGUAGAGAUGGUGCUCAAGAUUCAGCAGGACCUCAGAGAGGCCCUCGCCCACAUCCAGGAGAAAGCAGCAAACCUUCCUGAUGGUGUGGCACAGGACAGGCAUGGGGUCCAGGCUCAGCUCCGGCGGCAUGAGGAGCUGGAAAAUGAGCUCUCUGGCACUGAGCAGCAACUGCAGGAGCUGUUGGAUAUAGCCGAUGAGAUGCAGAAGCUGUGCUGGGGAGCUCGGCUGGAGGCCCUGCAGAGGCGACAGGAAGCUGUGGUGCAGAACUGGGAGACGCUGAGGCUGCGGGUAGAAAAACGCCGGGGAGAGCUGGAACAGGCCUGCUUGCUAGCUGACUUCCGUACUGUGGUACAAGAGUAUUCAGCAUGGGCAGCUGGAGUUCAGAGGAAACUACAGGCAAAGGAGACCUCCCGAGAUGCCAGCAGCAGCCACUUGCACCUUAGUAUGCACCAGGACGUCCGGGCAGAGCUGGAAGCCCGGGAGGAGGUGUACCAGCGGGCAGUCCAGCUGGGACAGGGGCUGCUCCUAGAGGAGGGAGCACCUGCUGAAGAGAUCCAGGAGAAGCUGGGAGCCCUACGGGAAGAGCGGCAGAAGGUGUUCCAGGCUUGGGAGAGGAAGCAAGAGCAGCUGAUGUCCAUGCAUCUUGAACAGCAAUUCCACAGGGAUUGUGACUACUUAAAUAAGAUCCUCACUGCCCAGGAGGUCUAUCUGAAAACCAGUACCUUGGAGAGCUCAGUGGAAGGCCUGGAGAGGCUGAUCCGGAAGCAUGAAGCUUUUCAGAAGAUUCUGGUGGCCCAGGAUGAGAAGGAAGCAGCCUUGCAGGAACAGGUGAAGCAACUCAGGGGAGUCAGGUUGUGUGAAUUACUGAAUUUGGUGCAGCAGCGUCGAAUGCAAGUAAAGGAGCGGGCCAAGAGCCAUGGAGAAGCCUUACAUACCACCCUGUUACUGGCGAGUUUCACCAGGGAGGUGUCUGAGGCAGAAGACUGGAUCCGGGAGAGAACUCAACAGCUGGAAGAACCAAGCCCGUGGGGUUCUGGUGACCUGAAGGACAAGCUGAAAUGCCUGCAAAAACACCAAGUCUUUGAGGCUGAGGUCCAGGCCCAUGGGGAGAUCAUAACACAUGUCACUAAGAAGGGAGAAGCUCUCCUGGCCCAGAGCCAUCCUCAGGCUAGAGAGAUUCUGGAGAAACAGCAGAGCCUUCAGGAACACUGGCACAAACUGAGGCAGGCCAUGCUGGCCAGGGGCCAGGGACUAGAGGACAAACGAGACUUCUUGGAGUUCCUGCAGCGUGUAGACCAAGUAGAGGCCUGGAUCAGGCAGAAGGAAGUGAUGGUGAAUGUUGGAGACUUGGGACAAGAUUAUGAGCACUGUCUACAGCUCAGCAGAAGGCUGAGUGAAUUCCAAGGAACUGCCUUAUGGGAGACAGUGGAUGAUACCCACAUCAAGGCCAUUAAUGCCUUGUCCCUUCAGCUCAAGAGCCGAGACCCAGAAGAGGUCAAGAUCAUCUGCCAGCGACGACAUCACCUCAAUGAGAGAUGGAAUAAUUUCCAUGGCAACCUCCUUCGAUACCAGCGACAGCUAGAAGGUGCCCUGGAGAUGCAUGCAAUGGUUCGGGAGUUGGACAAUAUCAUGGAGAGGAUUGGAGAGAAGAGUGCCCUGUUGCAGGCCCCCAACUAUGGAAAGGAUCUGGAGGAUGUAGAGAGGCUGCUGAGAAAACACGAGGAACUUGAUCGGGAAAUUAGUGUCAUCCAAGCCCAGAUAGAGCCACUGGAACAGGAGGUCAGCCGAUUGUGCCAAAGGAACCCUGGGGCAGCCCAAGCCCUCAUCAACAAACAGCGGGAGUUGGGCAGCAGCUGGCAGAAACUGCAGGCUCAAGUCAAGCAGAGGAGGGAAAAACUGGAUUCCUCAUACCAAGUACAGAAGUUAUAUGCAAUGCUGCAAGAACUGUUAAACUGGGUACGGGAGCUAACGACUCAAAUAGAGAUGGGAAGACUUCCCAGCAGUCCUGCUGAGGCCAGACAGCUGAUGGAGGAGCACCAGGAGCUCAAGGCAGAGCUGUCAGCCAGGGCAGAGAGUAUCGACCGGAUACGAAGUACUGGGAAACAGCUACUCAGUGCCAGACACUCAGUGGCCCCAGAUAUAUGUCAGGCCUUGGUCAGUUUUGAGCAUGAAUUAACUAGGCUGGAGGAGAGCUGGCAGGAACAUCAGCUCCAGCUCCAGCAGGCUUUGGAUUUGCAGGUGUUCCUGAGCUCUGUGGAGCAGAUUGAAAGUUGGCUCAACAACAAAGAAAUAUUCCUGGAAAAUGACGACCUGGGCAAUUCCUUGGCCACUGUGGAGACCCUACAGUGGAAACACGAGUGGUUUGAGAAGGGAAUGGAGGCCCAACUGGAGAAGAUCAAUGCCAUGGAAACCAUGGCUCUCAACUUGAAUCAGAGCCAACACCCCAAAGCCCACUGUAUCGCCAGCAAGUGUCAAAUGGUGCUUUCAAGGAAGGAGAAGCUGCUGGAGAGAAUCCAGGUCCGACGGCACCAGCUAGAGGAGUUCCAGCAGUUACAGAGAUUCCUACAGGAAUCCUUUGAGGUAUCCAUGUGGCUGGGAGAGAAGAACCUUGUGGCCUUAGAUGAGGGUUGGCAGGACCUGAGCACCCUGAAGGCCCAACUGCAAAAGCAUCAGAGCUUCCAGGCAGAGCUGGAUGCCAACACUGCCCAAAUCAAUAGACUGCAGAUGGAAGGGGAGAAACUGUUGAAGGAGGGACAUCCUGCCCUGGAGACCAUUCAGGAACAGCUACAGGAGAUAGGAGAGCUCUGGAGUCAGCUGCAGGCCAACUGCCUAAAGAAGGGAACAAAAUUACAGGAUGCUUAUAAGGCCCUGCAUUUCCAGAGGAAAGUGGAGGGGAUGGAGAAGUGGCUGCAGAACCUGGAGGAGGAGCUUCAGGCUCCCCUGGGUGGACAAGACUUAGCAGGUGUGAAGGAGCUGCUGGCAGCACAGGCGGAGCUGGAGGCAGCCAUGGAGGGGCAAGAGGGACUGGUUCAGUCACUGAUGGACCAGGCCCAUGCCUUUGGCUGUGAAGGCCACUUCCUAGCUGGGGAGAUAGAAGAACAGACUCAGAUGUUGCUGGAGAGAUACACAAACCUGAGAGAGCCCCUCCGGGAGCGCCGGGGAGCCUUGGAGUCCAAGAGUCUUCUGUACCAGUUCUUUCAGGAUGUGGAAGACGAGCUGGCUUGGAUACAGGAGAAGCUGCCCUUGGCUAGCACUCAAGACCAUGGACAGACCUUGAAUGCUAUUCAGCAGCUCCAAGAGAAGCACCAGAACUUGGAAGAUGAGAUCAGCAGCCAUGAGGCUCUGGCCCAGGUGGUACUGGACACAGGUCACAAGCUGGUUCAGGGGGGCCAUUUUGCUGCCAGUGAAGUGGCUACCCGGCUACAGCAGCUGAAAACAGCAAUGGGCAGACUUCGGGGUGAGGCAGAACAGAGAAGAUGGAGGCUACAGCAAGUUCGUGAAGCCCAGCAGUUUCUGACAGAGCUCCUAGAGGCAGAAUCCUGGCUGUCAGAACGAGGCCUUCUUUUGGACAAUGAGGAUCUGGGGAAGAAUGAGGAAGCUGCCCGGGCCAUGCUGCGGAGGCUAGAGGCCACAAGAAAGGAUCUGGAAGGAUUCCACAUUCGACUUGAGAAGUUGCAGGAGACUGGCACCUGCCUAGAGGGCAGAACCAACCCAGAGAGCCUGAAGGCGCUGGCAAAUCUGCAGGCUUUGAGGGAGACCCACAAGGGGUUACUGCAGAAGACCAAGAGCCGAGAGCAGUGCUUACAAGAGCAACAGAAUCUUUAUGGAUUGGAACGGGAGGCCCAGCUCCUGGAUACCUGGUUGGCAAGCAGGCGGGCCAUGGCAGAGUCUCCAGACUGUGGGCAGGACCUGGAGGAUGUCAAGAUGCUAGAAGAGAAGUUCCAUACUUUCGAAAGGGAAGUGCAGAGCCUGGGCCCAGCCAAGGUCCAAGGGUUUCUUGAGCUGGCUGGCAAUAUGGAACGGACAGCCCUCAGGUGCUACCCCAAGAUCCAGGCUCAAAGGAGCCGCAUCGAGGACUCCUGGGAACAGCUGAACAAAGCAAUCAGGACUCGAGCAGAGAACCUGGUGGCUGCCAGAGAGGUCCACGGGUUUCACCAGGCAGCGGCUGAGUUAUGGAGCUGUAUACAGGAAAAGGCUGCCACGUUGUGUCAAGGAGACUAUGGCCAAGAUCUGUCAUCUGUGCAAUCCCUUCAACGACAGCAGAGGAACCUGGAGCGGGAGCUGGUAGCCAUGGAGAAGGAAGUCUCUCGGCUGCGGGCUGAAGCAGGCUGGUUGGGCCGGCUAUACCCCAAGGUUCAGGAACGCCUGGCCCAGAGGCUGGGGGAAGUGCAGGAAUCCUGGAACAGCCUGGAGAAGAAGGCCCAGCACCGAGGCCAGCAGCUGCAACAAGCUGAACGUGGCCACGUGUUCCUAAGCCGCUGUAGAGAGCUGCUAAGCGUGACACAAGAGAUGCAGAGGUUAGUCAUGCUGGAAGAACCAUCUGGGGACAUGCCUGGGGCAGAGCAACAACUGCUGCAGCAUGAAGGGCUCGGACAGGACAUCGAGGAACACUGGCUCCUGGUUCAGGAUGUCCAACAAGAAGGAGAGCAGCUGGCAGGCAGUGGCCACUUUAUGGCCCAAGAGGUAAAGGAGUGGCUACAAGAGCUAGGAGACCAGAUGCAAGAAUUACGGGAGGAGUGGGCACAUCGCCAGAGCCUGUACAAGGAGAACUGGGAGCUCCAGAAGCUCCGGCAGGACCUGGAAAAGGCUGACAUCUGGCUGAGCUCACGUGAGGGCCUCCUCCUGGACCCCAACCUUGGGAACUCAGUGUCGGAUGUAGAAGAACUGCUCAGAAGACACCAGGACCUUGAGAAGAUAUUGGCAUCUCAGGAAGAGAAGUUUGACCAGCUACAGAGGAAGACUAAGGCAAGGGGGUGA